AUGAAUACAGUAGAACAAUACGCGCAUUGCCGCCUCUAUGAUAGAUUACCUUGGACGAUAUGCUUAACAUGCAUCAACACUUUAGAUAAAGCAUUCGAAUUUGUGUGCGAAGUCGAAAGAGCCCAGAAAGUUUUGGAAAACUUGAUUGAUGUUAAGAAUAUAAAAAGAGAAAUUCAAGUUUCCGAUGACGAUAUUUACGAAUCAUCCUCACAGGUACUGGAUGUUAAUAUCAAAAUUAAAUCGGAAAACGAUACGCAGUUUCCAACAACGGAGGUAAAAACUGAGGUCCUAAAAAAGAAAGAAUCGAAAUUAAAAAGAGUUGAAGAUCCCGAUGGGGACCCUUUAUCGCAACUAAAAAUAUCCUGGAAAGAUUACAACUGGCAAUGUGCAUAUUGCGAUACACAAUUUCCCAACAUAGAUGAAUUAAAAUCACACUCGAUACAAUUCCACGAGUGUUGUAAUCCAUAUAGAUGUACCGAUUGUAACAUACGCAAGCUGAAACUGGACAGCUUCAUAGCUCAUGUGAAACGGCACAGAAAAUACUUAAAACUAUCAUGCUUUAAAUGUCACAAAAAAUUUACUAAAACGUCUCAAGUAAGAAUUCAUUAUAAUACUCAUUUAAAAUCAAACCAUACUUGUACUGGCUGUAAUGAAACGUUUAUGACUUCCGAAGAGCUCGAUAAACACAGCGAUAGCUAUAAUAGAGAUUUACGUAUAAGGCAACUACCUCCAAUAGCAAAACAGAGUUUAAACAAUGGUCUUACUUGCACAAUUUGUCAGAAAUCAUUCAAAUACAAAGGAACCCUCACAAAUCAUUUAUUAAUUCACACAGAUCGGAAAAGGGAACACACUUGCGAGAAAUGCGGUAAGAGAUUCUUCAGCAAACAGAAUUUAGCGGGGCAUAUGAUGCUUCAUGAUGAUAUCCGACCUUUUCCUUGUGAAAUUUGCAAGUUCAGAUUUCGGACUUCCGGGCAGCUUAGGAUGCAUGUAGGAAUACAUGACGGUGUUAAGCCAUACGAAUGCGACCAAUGUGGCCGUUGCUUCCGUUUGCGAAAGCAGCUCGUGAAUCACAGUAUCAUACACACAGACACGAUGCCAUACGUAUGUACAUACUGCAACAAAGGUUUCCGUUUCAAGAGUAUUCUGGAUCAACACAUACGUCAGCACACCGGAGUCAAACCGUACUCUUGCCAACACUGCGAACGACAGUUUACAAAUUGGCCGAACUAUAAUAAACAUAUGAAGAGAAGACACGGUACAAAUAUGGCGAAAAAGAAACGUACACCAAAAGGUGUAUAUCCUAUAGAUCCGGUUACCGGUGAAAUGAUAACAUACGAAGAAACUAACAAAACAAAUGAAUGGAAAAAGGUGCUUCUAGAAGGAUCUAGAAAGCCGGGUCGGCCGAGGUUAAACCAUCAAAAUUCUUCAAUAAAUAAAAUGGCCAAUGUCGAAGAAAAUAUUAUAAACAAUUAAGUAAAUUAAGCAAAAAAAC